AUACUGCUCCUCGCCUAAUCCAUCUGCCAAAUGGCGUCGCAAUCUCAUCAAGCCACCGUAAUCGACGGCAAAGCCAUCGCUCAGACUAUCAGAUCUGAAAUCGCCGACGAAGUGCGCCACCUCUCUAAAAAGUAUGGAAAGGUUCCAGGGCUGGCUGUUGUGAUUGUUGGAGCCAGGAAGGAUUCUCAGAGCUAUGUUAGUAUGAAGAGAAAAGCAUGUCAAGAAGUGGGGAUUAAGUCUUUUGAUGUAGACCUCCCUGAGCAAGUGUCUGAAGCGGAGUUGAUCAGCAAAGUCCAUGAGUUAAAUGCAAAUCCUGAUGUACAUGGUAUAUUGGUUCAACUCCCAUUACCUAAGCACAUAAAUGAAGAGAAAGUUUUGGGUGAAAUCAGCAUCGAGAAAGAUGUGGAUGGUUUUCAUCCUUUGAACAUUGGCAAGCUUGCUAUGAAAGGCAGAGAACCACUUUUCCUUCCUUGCACUCCCAAGGGGUGUCUUGAACUUCUGACACGUAGUGGCAUAAGCAUAAAGGGAAAAAAGGCUGUAGUUGUGGGUCGAAGUAAUAUCGUUGGAUUGCCUGUUUCUCUGCUGCUUCUGAAAGCAGAUGCUACAGUUACCAUAGUCCAUUCAGGUACUCCUGACCCUGAAAGUCUAGUUCGGGAAGCUGAUAUUGUCAUUGCAGCAGCAGGACAAGCAAUGAUGAUCAAGGGCAGCUGGAUAAAACCUGGUGCUGCAGUUAUUGAUGUUGGCACAAAUGCUGUUGAUGAUCCAAGUAAGAAAUCAGGAUAUAGGUUAGUCGGAGAUGUAGAUUUCCAAGAAGCUUGCAAUGUGGCCGGUUGGAUAACUCCAGUUCCAGGAGGUGUUGGUCCAAUGACUGUUGCAAUGCUACUGAAGAACACCUUGGAUGGUGCAAAGCGUGUAAUUGAGCAGUGAGGGCUUAUCUUCUUAACAAAAAUCCUGCCCAAUCUGAUGUAUAACUUCGUACCAAAACAUCAUUUUGCAAGUUUGGCACUAUCAUUGUCACCAUAGUCAAAGUGCUUGUAUUUAAUUUUCACUAGAAAUUUUGAAAUGCAUGGAUGCAUUUCGUUUACUCUUUAACGCAGCAAGAUUUUGAUCUCUCCCUUUACAGUUCCUUCUUAAUUUAGUUAUUUUUUUUUCCCCUUUAAUACAGUUAGGGCAUGCAA